AGAACACUGCUCAGAGUAUGUUCUAGAACAAUGAACUGGGAAGAGAGGAAUAGAAGGAUGGGAGGCCCGCACUGACAGAACAGCAUUGUUAGAGUCACAGGCUCCACCCCCACCCCACGUGAAUCUGGGAGGUGCCCUUCUCUGGGAGGAGAAUCAAUUCUGCUAUGAAAAGCAGGGCAGAUAUCAGGGCAGCCAGGCUUAGCAGUAGUGUUGGAGAAGAAGCUAGCAGGCAGAAGAGACAUGGAGCUGGCCUCAGCACAUCUCCACAAAGGGCAGGUUCCCUGGUUUGGACUACUGCUCACAGCCUCACUUUUAGCCUCCUGGAGCCCUCCCACCACUGCACAAGUGACUGUUAUGGCUUUUCCACUCCACGCUGCUGAAGGCAACAAUGUUAUUCUAGUUGUUUACAAUAUGAUGAAGGGAGUCUCGGCCUUUAGCUGGCACAAGGGAUCUACUACGUCUACAAAUGCUGAAAUUGUACGAUUUGUAACAGGCACUAAUAAGACUAUAAAAGGGCCUGUACACAGUGGCAGAGAGACACUAUACAGCAAUGGAUCCCUGCUCAUCCAAAGGGUCACCAUGAAGGAUACGGGAGUCUACACAAUAGAAAUGACAGAUCAAAACUAUCGUCGUAGGGUCCUGACUGGACAAUUUCAUGUACACACCCUAUUACUAAAGUCCAACAUCACAAGCAACAACUCCAAUCCCGUAGAGGGUGACGACUCCGUAUCAUUAACCUGUGACUCUUACACUGACCCUGAUAAUAUAACCUACCUGUGGAGCAGAAAUGGUGAAAGCCUUUCAGAAGGUGACAGGCUGAAGCUGUCUGAGGGCAACAGGACUCUCACUUUACUCAAUGUCACGAGGAAUGACACAGGACCCUAUGUGUGUGAAACCCGGAACCCAGUGAGUGUCAACCGAAGUGACCCAUUCAGCCUGAACAUUAUCUAUGGUCCGGACACCCCGAUUAUAUCCCCCUCAGAUAUUUAUUUGCAUCCAGGGUCAAACCUCAACCUCUCCUGCCAUGCAGCCUCUAACCCACCUGCACAGUACUUUUGGCUUAUCAAUGAGAAGCCCCAUGCAUCCUCCCAAGAGCUCUUUAUCCCCAACAUCACUACUAAUAAUAGCGGAACCUAUACCUGCUUCGUCAAUAACUCUGUCACUGGCCUCAGUAGGACCACAGUCAAGAACAUUACAGUCCUUGAGCCAGUGACUCAGCCCUCCCUCCAAGUCACCAACACCACAGUCAAAGAACUAGACUCUGUCACCCUGACCUGCUUGUCGAAAGACCGUCAAGCCCACAUCCAUUGGAUCUUCAACAAUGAUACUCUUCUAAUCACAGAGAAGAUGACAACCUCUCAGGCGGGACUCAUCCUCAAAAUAGACCCUAUUAAGAGGGAAGAUGCCGGCGAGUAUCAGUGUGAAAUCUCGAAUCCAGUCAGCGUCAAGAGGAGCAACUCAAUCAAACUGGAAGUAAUAUUUGACUCAACAUAUGACAUUUCAGAUGUCCCCAUUGCUGUAAUCAUAACUGGAGCUGUGGCCGGGGUGAUUCUAAUAGCAGGGCUGGCAUAUCGCCUCUGUUCCAGGAAGUCUCGCUGGGGAAGUGACCAGCGAGAUCUCACAGAGCACAAACCCUCAGCCUCCAACCACAAUCUGGCUCCUUCUGACAACUCUCCUAACAAGGUGGAUGACGUCGCAUACACUGUCCUGAACUUCAAUUCCCAGCAACCCAACCGGCCAACUUCAGCCCCUUCUUCUCCAAGAGCCACAGAAACAGUUUAUUCAGAAGUAAAAAAGAAGUGAGCAUAAUCUGUCCGUCUGUCCUGCUGGCUGCACCAGUGAUGCAUUCCCAGAUUCUCUCCCUCACUGGAGGGUCUCUGCACACACACACACACACACACACACACACACACACACACACACACACACACACUCACUCAUGCAUUUACUCUGUUGACUCCUUCAGUGUCUAUAGAAGAAAAGGUGGAUCCUGGAGCCUACAGAAAACUCAACCCUUCUAGGCUUUCAAAUUUGGCUGAGAGUGAGGUAUCAAAAUUUCUCACCCUUUCACUUUCCUGACCCAGACUGUUUAAAAUUGACCUAUUCAGAGCACCUUCAUUCCCCUCCCAACUCCAAGUCCUGCCCUGUCAGAGUCUGACUUGAAUUUCCAUAAACCUUGGAGGUCACCUAAGUGCUUACGCCAAACAAAACAAAACAAAACAAACCAGAAGCAGGAAAUGGCCAGUCCCAUCUCUUUAAAGGCUGAUUGGAAGCCACCACACAUGAGAAGAUCAAACCUCCAUGGGCAAUCUACACACCCGACAACUGUCAUGCUUACCCAUCUGGGGCAUUCGAGUCUCUGAACCUUGUGUCCUCACGCCUGAGCCCUUCUCUGAGCCUUUCUCCAGAAAAUCCACUCACAGCAACUAGAGAGGCUCUUUGUCAGCAACUCCAAGCAAACUGCUAGGCAGGAUUCAGAAGAAAAGACAGCAUCUCUAACAUCCACCAGGAAGGUGCCCAGAAAAGCAGAGCUGGUGACUUUGGACUGACAGACAUCUGGAGUGUGAAAAAGCAGCACAGAGCUAACCUUCGGAGAGUGUUGAAAUUAUUUGAAAAGAAGCCAUAUUUGGAGGUAUUGGAGUUUUCCUCUUUCUGAGACAAUCCACUAUUUGAAAAUUGUAGCUACUGAAUUGCCUCUCAGUAUGCAAGCUGAUCACUUUGCCUUAGGGCCACUAGAUUUCUGUCUCCCUUGGCCCCUCAAGCCCUUUUGAUCAUGAGUCCCAAACCAAAAAUAAAUGAACACUGAGGCAGUCCCUUGCAGAACCACUGUCAUGGGUCAGGCUAAGCCUCCUGCUUUUCUGAAUUAGUCAAGAAAAGCCUUGGUUUCCCUUUUUCCAUCUUUUUAUCUUGUCUUUCAGAUACUGGCCAGAGCCUGGACACUCUUCCUCUGAGAUCUCCAGCUUCUCUGCCUUCUUGUGUUUCUUUUAAACUCUAACAAAAACUGUUCUCACCUUCAAAAAAUAAAAUAAUAACAAGCUUUCCACAUCCCCACCAAAGAGGGACCCAGCUAGGUUUCUGGGAACCCAGCACCAGCCUCCAGCUGCCCUUCUGCAGUGUUUCUGCCUCUGUUUCCCUUUCGUUUUGACUUUUUUCCUUCUUUUGAGACAGAGUUCCAGCAUGGAGCCUGUGCAGGUUUCAAUCCCACAGUAACACCUUCUGCAGCACCCCACCUGCUCAGACUGCAGCCCUGGCCACCAGGCCUGGCUACCUGGACAUUCUGUCUGUCCUGCACUCUCAGGAAACCUUGGCCUCUGCUACUGUCUGUUUGGCUCAUUCAAAGUGUGUCCUUAAAGGAAUGCAGUCACCCAUGCCAGAGGCAGUGUUUACAGCCUGGAAUGCUCUGCACUUCCAGUGGACCAGUGCUCCACCGGAAGUGGGCUGUUAGCAGGGUCCUCUCACCUGGCCCUGGCCUUUCUGUAGCCUUGAAUCCUGCCUUCCCCACCAGGGCACCAGGGAUGAGUGCAGCAGCAGGAGGAGAGGCAAACAGUCACCUCAGGAACCUUCUGAGCUAAGGCACACCCUCUGUGCCUGUCAAGCAAAGGUUGUAUUGGAUAUCAAGUGUUUGGUCUCACGCCAAGCCAACAGGCUUUGGAGAGAAUUAAUUAGUUCUCCUACUCAGGGAUUUCUUUCAGUCCUAACACAGCCUGUGUAUAUUUUGCUUCACCCACGCAAUGCUGGAUUAUUUAAUUUUGCCCGGCUUAAGACAAAUCUGAGUUACUUGUAAAUUUGCUCUAUGUUCAUAAAAAAAGUUCAUUAUAUAUCACUGA